AAUCAACAUAACUCACUCCAACAAGAUAAUAAAGUAGAAGCCAGCUAAUCCAUUUCCUCUAUCUCGAUCUAGACUCCACACCAACCUUCUUCCUAUAUUUCUCUUUCUCUUUCUCUUCUUCAUCUUCGCCUCCACCUCUACCUCCAUGACACGUCACUCUUCCCCGUAUUUUAAUAUUAAUUGUAUCUAAAUUUCCUGUUCUAAGAUUCUACUCAGCUUUCGAACCAAGCAACAAUGGGCUACGGCCGGCUCCAUCCCCCCUUGAACGACCAUGAUCAUGCCACCUCAGCUCCAUCCAUCCCCUCCACACCCAGGAAAGAUAAGAAACUUAUUUUCAUCUCCGCUUUGGCUAUUGCUUUAAUUGUUAUUUCACUUGUCGCCGCCAUUCUCUUUGUCGGUUUUAAAUCCCGGGCCGGCUCUGGCCCAAGAAACCAUCGCAAGCCGACUCAGGCCAUUUCGAGAACUUGCAGCAAGACGCUCUACCCAACUAUCUGUGUCAACUCGCUACUCGACUUCCCGGGUUCACUCACCGCUUCGGAGCAGGACCUCGUCCACAUUUCUUUCAACAUGACGCUGCAGCACUUCAGCAAGGCGUUGUACUCCACUUCGGGGAUCUCCAAUCUCCAGAUGGACACACGUGUACGGUCGGCGUUCGACGCGUGUUUGGAACUCCUAGACGACUCGGUUGACGCCCUCACGCUCUCGCUCGGCUUCGUCGUUCAUAUACCGGGCGGGAACAGUAACUCGAACGAUAGAGAAGACGUGCUGACGUGGCUGAGUGCCGCGCUGACUAAUCAGGACACGUGUAAGGACGGAUUUUCGGAUUUGGGAGGAGGCGUGAAAGAUCAAGUGGCGGAGAAGUUGCAGGACUUGUCCGAACUGGUGAGUAAUUGUUUAGCGAUUUUUGCAGCGUGUAAUAGCGACGAUUUCUCGGGGGUGCCUAUACAGAAUAGGAGGAGAUUACUGGAGGACGAUAAAUCAGGGGAAAAUAGUGAUAGGCUUCCGAGGUGGUUGAAUAGGAAGGAUAGAAGACUGUUGGAUUUGCCCGUCUCGGCAAUACAAGCCGAUAUAAUCGUGUCAAAAGAUGGAAAUGGGACGGUUAAGACGAUUUCUGAAGCGAUUAAAAAGGUGGCUGAGAAUAGUAAACGCCGGACAAUUAUUUACGUGAGGGCAGGAAGGUACGAAGAGGGUAGUACAAUAAAGGUGGGGAGAAAGAAGAAGAAUGUGAUGUUGCUAGGAGAUGGUAAGGGCAAAACCGUGAUUUCAGGAGGAAAAAGUGUUCAGGAUAACAUAACAACUUUUCACACCGCAUCCUUCGCUGCAACAGGUUCAGGAUUCAUCGUCCGUGACAUAACGUUCGAGAAUUGGGCAGGCCCCACGAAGCACCAAGCUGUAGCUCUCCGAAUUGGAGCCGAUCGUACAGUGGUGUACCGUUGCAACAUAAUCGGAUACCAAGACACUCUCUAUGUACACUCCAACCGUCAAUUUUACCGAGAAUGUGACAUUUACGGUACGGUAGACUUCAUCUUCGGUAACGCUGCUGUCGUCUUACAAAACUGUAGCAUUUAUGCUAGAAAACCAAUGGAAAACCAAAGAAAUACCAUAACAGCUCAGGGCAGAAAAGACCCAAAUCAGAAUACCGGCAUUUCGAUCCACGCCUGUAGGCUCUAUACAACGUCCGAUCUCGAAGCAUCAAAAGGAAGCUUCCACACGUAUCUCGGGAGGCCUUGGAAACUUUAUUCCAGGGUGGUUUAUAUGUUAACUUACAUGGGGGAUCAUAUUCACCCAAGAGGAUGGCUUGAAUGGAACGCUACGUUCGCCCUGGAUACUCUCUACUACGGCGAGUAUAUGAACUUUGGCCCCGGAGGCGCCGUCGGGCAGCGGGUUAAGUGGCCGGGUUAUAGAGUGAUUACAUCCCCGGUGGAGGCCAGCAAGUUCACCGUUGCACAGUUUAUUUAUGGGUCAUCUUGGUUGCCAUCAACUGGAGUGGCGUUCUUGGCAGGAUUAUCAACUUAAUUAAUUAUAAUUAGUCAAUUAAUUUUAAUAAAUGCCAAUUAACUUUUACACUAUAUAUCUAGGGCUUUUAUAUAUUUUAUAAAUAUUGAAACAAAUGGAUUCUUAGAUGGUCAAGAUCUUGUUUUUGUUGAUUUGGAAUGGUAUGAAAUUAGAUACUUUGGGUUCU